GAGGGUUUGCGGACCAGACAGCCUCGCAGGGCUGCCCAAGGAGGAAGGGAGGCUGGCGGGGUUGUGGUAAGAACAGGAGAGCCUCUCCUGCAGUCAUCCACGGAGCCCAUCUGGAGGCUCCCGGGUCUUGCUCUUCCAGCAAACUUGGAGCUUCACUCAUAUGGUUUUCAUUGCUGGAGCGUGGCCUCAAUCAGGAGUUUGGUUUGACGGUCCUGCCCCUCGCUGGGUACGUGCAGGGAUGCCCGAGGGUGAGGACAGCUCUGGAUGGAAGGAGAUGGGGAGGACAAUGUCAUCCUCCUGACAGGUUGGAAUGUGGGCAUCACCCGCUUAAUUUGCCAGCAAAGGCUGAGAUAACAGGGUGUCAUCCGUGUUAAUGGAGGGAAAUUAUGGCUGUUCCUCAUCUUGGCAGUGUGGCCAGAGGGUGAGGAUGUUGGGGUCAGCUUGACCAACAGCUUCUCUGGAUCGGUGUUAGGAACACAAGGGCAGCUGCCCCCACUUCCAUCACGAGGUGCCAGAUAAGAGCUGGAGCUUUGUGCUCCUGUAAUCAAUGCUUUGUUUGGAGAAGUUUGGAAAUACCUUGUGAGGAAGUUCCUUGUAGAGCAGCACAGCGGGAUGCAAACAGAACUGGGAAGGCAGCAGGGGCUCCGCGUGGUGCCGUGGGAGGUGAUGCAAAACCAGCGGUAUCACCGUGAAGCAACUUCCCGUCAGCAGGGCCCAGCCAGCUGUGUCGGAAUGUCACACUCUUGUCACCCUGGCUGGGUGAGAAAAGGAAGGUCUGACAUCCUUGGUCAGCCCCAAACGGGGAGGUGACGCUCUGCUCUUGUCCCUCAGACGUUGGCAGGGUGAUGCCAGCUUGAUCCAAAGCCAUGUCCAGGUACCUGAAGCACUUCACGGUGGUGGGCGAUGACCCCGUGCAAUGGAGCAACGACUAUCGGAAAUGGGAGGAGGAGGAGGAGGCUGGGGAGAAGCAGCCAGAUGCGGAGAUCAAGAUGGAGCCUGCCAGGAACCACAUCUCCUUCCAGUACAUGAUGAAAAAGCUCUUCAGCUCUCACAGGUUUCAGAUCGGGGUUGUCUGCUUGGUGAUCCUGGAUGCCUUGUUGGUUCUUGGGGAAUUGCUCAUGGAUUUGAAAAUCAUCCAUCCGGACAGAUAUAACAUAACCCCAAAGGUUUUCCAUUACCUCUCCCUGUCCAUUUUAACCAUCUUCCUGGUUGAGGUGGGGUUUAAAGUCUUUGUCUACCGUCGGGAGUUCUUCUACCACAAGUUCGAGAUGUUGGAUGGGAUCGUUGUCAUCGUGUCCUUCAUCCUUGACAUCGUCCUCAUCUUCUGGGAGCACGAGUUUGAGGCUGUGGGGCUCCUGAUCCUCCUGCGGCUCUGGAGGGUGGCUCGGAUCAUCAACGGAAUAAUUUUAUCGGUGAAGACCCGCUCGGAGCAACAAGUGUCCAAGUUAAAGCAAGCAAACCUGAAACUUGCCACGAGGGUGGAACAACUGGAACACAGCUGUUUGGAGAAGGAGCAAGAAAUCGAGAGGCUGAAUAAAAUAUUGAAACAGCAUGGACUCCUCAGCCAGCAAAAAUAGGAGGCCGGUUUUCCAAGGUGGGAAUUCUGCUUGGAGAUUGCAGUGUUGGAUCUGCCAGCUUGACCUGAAAGGUUUUUCUGUCUCUUUGCUUCCUCUUGUAUUGUGUUUUCUAUAAACAUUUUCCAUUUGACCCCACUUUGAUCAGACCUUGGGAUGACAAAAAUAGUUCUACUGGAAAAUUAAUCACACACACUGUAAACAGUAUUUUUUUUUUUCCCUUUCUUGUAUAGUUACACAGUCAAAACUGCAAAAUAAUUUAAUAAAGGCACAUCUUUACAAGCUA